AUGGCCUCCUACGAAAUCGACAGCGUCAAGGUGGAGAAAGACAAUGCUAUGAGAAGGUAUAACCAGCAGCGAAAGGUCAGGUGGGUCGUCCAACUCUGUGUUGCUUUCGUAGUGCUUUUACGGUCCACUUCUUGGCUUCCGGUCGCCAUAGAAAUCUCCGGCAAGUUUUCCCGGAGAUUCCUCUCCGUGUUCGACAGCACUUUCUACGUCUUCAUGCUCGUCUUUGCGAUCGUUCUCGUCCUCUACGCCUCGUCCGGCCAAAACGAGGCCAAGCCCGAUCUCUACGACGAGUUCCUUCAAAAAACCGAGUCUGGCAGGAGGUUCGGUGCCGGAGAGAAGCAACCGGCGCCGUUCCAUGACAAACACAUCGUGUACUCAGAGAAUGCGGCCUCUCCUCCCGUUCACUAUAACAAUCUCACAGUUUCCACUAUCACCAAGCGUACGGUCUCUCAAGUCCAGUCAAAUACGGUUCGUGCAGUUUCCGAGAAGUCUUUGCCGGAAAAACGUUACCGGAGGACUAAAUCGGAGAGGUACGAGCUACGAAUUGGGGAGGGAUCUCGAAGAGAGUUGCGGCGAUUGGAGACGGAGAUACGCCGGGAAAUGGUGAGGCCCGCGAGGAGGUCGGUCUCGGAGAAAGUAGACAAACUGAACAACGAGGAUUUCAAUCGCACAAUUGAGGCGUUCAUUGCUGAGACGAAGAAAAUUCAGAAGGAAGAGUCUACAAAACAUGACUCCGAGUCAAGUUUGGCCCUCACUCUUGGACUUUGA